GAAGCGUUGGUGGAAGAUGUCGACGAGUAUACCGAGGGAAUCAGCUACGACAAUUUUUCACAGAUUUAUAAUUGUGUCAAGGGUCUCGAAUGUUAUAUGUUAAUAUUGAAACGGCGAAUCAACAUCAAGAGAUCGAGCGAUCUCUUCGACAGGGUGCAUAACAUAAAAACGCUAAUUAAAAUCCUUCAAGAAUCAUCGAAUCACGCGAAAUUCGUCAAGCCGUUUCUACAUUUAAUGCAAGCAUACAUGGAGCUUCUGCGGGGUCGAAAGGGAUCUUGUCACAAUUAUUUACACACAGCUCAUAAAUGUGCCACGUCCCAAGGGAACAAGAUGAUACUUGCUUGGAUCGAGCAGAACAAAAGGACAUGGAAAGAGGCGAAUUUUAACAAUAUGGCACAGUAUUGGGUAGAACACGUGGGUGCGGAAGACGCAAUUCGAUGGCAAGAGAUUCAUAAAUUUGGCAUGAACGCUUGGUCCACAAUACUGUUCCCUCUUCCAGUCCCGGACUCGACCGUUUAAUGUAACAUAAAGAACGUUAAUUAG